CACAAAUUCAAAUAUGAAUGCAGCUGACAGAAAACCAUGAAGCUGAAGCCUGAUGGUGCCGAUAGGUUCCCUCCUUUAAACAGGGCGCCGCUGAAACAGGCCUCGACGGAGGCCUCCUCCUCCAACUCCUCAGCCCGGCCUUCCCUGUGUCAUCUCCCUCAGGCCUUUGCUGAAGAGCGACAUACAAAGGAACUCUCCUUGGCUGACGUGUUAAAGAAGCCAAAGGUGUUACCUGAUUCCUGGUCCGGCAGCCCAAACAGUUCACACCAGCCUGAGGUGAUGAGGCCUGGAAUGGGUAGAGCGGAGGACACGCCUUUGCGCAGCACCGGACAGUCGGUUCGUCCUGUUGGUUGGAUCCAGAACAAGGUCCAGACUUUCCGACCAGAGGUGCACCAGCAAUGCCCCAGUAGACGACUUAUCCCUCUUGGCCGGAUACAUGACGAGGUCCAGCACCCUGAUCCAGAGCUUACAGAAGGUAGGAACCAUCGAAGCAACACUAGGCUGCCUGUUAUCCCUGUUAGCCGGAAUCAGGAUGAGGUCCAGCCUUCAAAACCUGAGGUGACAAAUUAUACCAAACCUCCACACGCCACUAGGCUGCCUGUUAUCCCUGUUAGCCGGAAUCAGGAUGAGGUCCAGCCUUCAAAACCUGAGGUGACAAAGGUUACCAAACCUUCACACGCCACUAGGCUGCCUGUUAUCCCCGUUAGCCGGAAUCAGGAUGAAGCCCAGUCUUCAAAACCUGAGGUGACAAAGGAUACCAAACCUUCACACGCCACUGGGCUGCCUGUUAUCCCCGUUAGCCGGAAUCAGGAUGAGGUCCAGUCUUCAAAACCUGAGGUGACAAAGGAUACCAAACCUCCACACGCCACUAGGCUGCCUGUUAUCCCCGUUAGCCGGAAUCAGGAUGAGGUCCAGCCUUCAAAACCUGAGGUGACAAAGGAUACCAAACCUUCACACGCCACUAGGCUGCCUGUUAUCCCCGUUAGCCAGAAUCAGGAUGAGGUCCAGCCUUCAAAACCGGAGGUGACAAAGGUUACCAAACCUUCACACGCCACUGGGCUGCCUGUUAUCCCCGUUAGCCGGAAUCAGGAUGAGGUCCAGCCUUCAAAACCUGAGGUAACAAAGGUUACCAAACCUUCACACGCCAUUGGGCUGCCUGUUAUCCCUGUUAGCCGGAAUCAGGAUGAGGUCCAGCCUUCAAAACCUGAGGUGACAAAGGUUACCAAACCUUCACAUGCCAUUGGGCUGCCUGUUAUCCCUGUUAGCCGGAAUCAGGAUGAGGUCCAGCCUUCAAAACCUGAGGUGACAAAGGAUACCAAACCUCCACACGCCACUGGGCUGCCUGUUAUCCCUUUUGUCUCGAUGCCGGAGAAUACCCAGCCCUCCAAACCCAAGGGAAGGCCCACCAACCGUCAAUCAACUAACAAAAGAAAGCUAAAGGCCAGCAAACCUGUGGUUCCUACUGUGCCCGAUUCCCAGCCUAUUAGGACAGUGAACUUGGACUGUCAAGAGGCUCCGCCCACCAAUCAAGUGGUCCCGGAGGAGCCAUGCAUAUUUAACAAUGUGUACGUCGUGUCCAUGCCGGAAGCCGGCCAGCCUGUGGAGGCUUAUGCAAGGACCAUGAACCAACCCAAGGAAAUCCCCAGGCCCAUGAUCUCUGUCAACACUGGACCCCUGCUGGCCAGAAGAGCUCAGAGGAAUUCCCUUCAUGGGCACAUGGCACCCAAACCACCAGUGGGCCCCCGGCCCAAAAUGUUCCCUUCCAUCGCCCAGGGCAACAUGUCCUUGGUAGAGGCUAAGAGCUCCGAAAUGAACCACAAGAAAGGUGCCAAAGGACUCAGAGACCUGCAGAGUUCCAGCCAGGCUCAGAGGUUUGUUCCUCUGAACGUCGAGGUGACCAUGACGAGUUCCCGCCGGGUCAAGUCGGCUGGUCCCUCCAAGCAGCUUCUCCAGCUGUGGGAUGAGGACGACGUGUUGGCCACUGAUACCCUGAGGCGCACUGAGCAUAUGUGUCCCACGUAUGAGCAGGAGGAGCGCAGCGGCGGGGCCGGCAGGAUGGUGACCCCGAGGGGCCCGAGCGACAUCCCUUUCAGACCAAGGACUGCCGCGUCUAAUUUCCUGGGUAGACACAGGAUCAUGCGGCCAAAAGAGCAUUAACUCACCCCAAUAUGAACUUGACCCACCCCUUCCCCUGCCCCUACCAUGACAGAAACCGAAAGGAGACCAGCAGCAGACAGAAAAGUGACCAGCAGACAGACAGAGACCAGCAGACAGACAUAGACCAGCAGACAGACAGAGACCAGCAGACAGACAGAGACCAGCAGACAGACAGAGACCUGAUUGAACGUGAGAAACCUGCUUCCAGAACAGACCGUGCGGUACACAGCCUGCCGAAUCCCCUGAAUCCACCUAAAAUUAGCAACACCGCCAGAUCAUUUCAUGUAUGAAUAACCAAA